CGUCCGAGCGUACCGUCAACAGAAACAUAACGAAUUUCGCGCCGCUACACUUUUAAAACUUUUUUUAAUGAAAAGUAAAUUAAUUUCAAGUAUUCUACUCAGUGGACAAAACUUUUACAAAGCAUGUAGCUGAUAAUAUAUCGUUCGUAAAUGCUUAAUAUACACAUUUUCGUGAUUUAAAUGACUAUUUGCAUUAGUAAAGAUUUACAUUAUUGUACAAAUUGGUCUGGUUGGCUGUGUUAAUUAGUGUUACCAUGACGAACACAUGCAUAUUAGUUUUGUGCGUGCUGGGCGCGGUGGCGGCGUACACGGGCCCCGACCUGCCAGAGGGCCCGUUCUGCGGCAAGACCCGCGAGUGCUGCCGCGACCGCCGCGACGCCUGCGCGCACAGGAUACUCGACACGUUGUGCUACUGCGACGAGUUCUGCGACUUCAAUAGAGCGCACGACGACUGCUGCCCCGACUACUUGCCCGUGUGCCGCAACCAGACCGCGGACCCGGGGCUCAUCCUGCAGCCGUGCCGGCACCGUGGCCAGCUGUACAUGCCCGGCCAGACCCGCGCCGACAACUGCAACACUUGCCGUGCCGGCACCGUGGCCAGCUGUACAUGCCCGGCCAGACCCGCGCCGACAACUGCAACACUUGGUGAGUGGACCCUGCUGCCGUGCCCUGCUCGUGUGCGGCAACCAGACCGCGGACCCGGGGCUCAUCCUGCAGCCGUGCCGGCACCGUGGCCAGCUGUACAUGCCCUGCCAGACCCGCGCCGACAACUGCAACACUUGGUGAGUGGACCCUGCUGCCGUGCCCUGCUCGUGUGCGGCAACCAGACCGCGGACCCGGGGCUCAUCCUGCAGCCGUGCCGGCACCGUGGCCAGCUGUACAUGCCCGGCCAGACCCGCGCCGACAACUGCAACACUUGUGGACCCUGCUGCCGUGCCCUGCUCGUGUGCGGCAACCAGACCGCGGACCCGGGGCUCAUCCUGCAGCCGUGCCGGCACCGUGGCCAGCUGUACAUGCCCGGCCAGACCCGCGCCGACAACUGCAACACUUGCGAAUGCGUCCACGACGAGAGGACGAAGAAGACGGAGUGGUCGUGCGAGCGCGACGCGUGCCUGAUAAGCGCCGACGUGGUGUACGGCGUGAACCAGCCCGGGCUGGGCUGGCGCGCCUACAACUACUCGCAGUUCUACGGGAAGAAGCUCAGGGACGGGCUCACUUACAAGCUGGGCACGCUGCCCCUGAGCCCCGAGACGCAGCGGAUGCUGCCCAUCGAGUACGAUUCGGACGCGCCGUUGCCCGACAGCUUCGACGCUCGGCAGCGCUGGCCCGGCUACAUCACGCCCGUCGUCGACCAGGGCUGGUGCGGCUCCGACUGGGCCGUCUCCAUCGCCUCCAUCGCGUCCGACCGAUUUGGCAUAAUGUCGAACGGCGCCGAGAGCCUGGUGCUGUCCCCGCAGAGCCUGCUGUCGUGCAACCGGCGGCACCAGCGCGGCUGCGGCGGCGGCAAUAUCGACGUGGCGUGGAACUUCGCGGGCGAACACGGAUUGGUAGAAGAGAAAUGCUUCCCAUACACGGCUAAGGCCGAGAGAUGUCCUUACCAGCCGCAUGGGGAUUUGAUCCAAGAUGGGUGCCGGCCGAAGGACCCGCGCCGCACGUCGCGCUACAAGGUGGGCCCGCCCUACCGCCUCCUCAAGGAAGAGGACAUCAUGUACGACAUUAGGGAGUCGGGCCCCGUUCAAGCUGUGAUGACAGUGUACCAGGACUUGUUCCACUACCGGGACGGCAUCUACCGGCGCAGCCGCCACGGGGACAGCGAGCUGCAGGGGCUGCACAGCGUCAGGAUCGUGGGCUGGGGCGAGGACCGCCAGGAAAAGUUCUGGAUCGUGGCGAACAGCUGGGGCACCGAGUGGGGUGAGAACGGCUACUUCCGCAUCGCGCGCGGCUCCAACGAGUCCGGCAUCGAGUCGUUCGUGGUCUCCGCCUUCAGCGACGUCACGUCCGCGUUCCUGCGGCCCUCCGUCCGCCGCACCACAUAACAGAGCGGCCAACUCAUCACGCCGCUGUGUGUCGUCACUCGCCCCUAUCAAACGUCCGGGGGGAUCGUGUGGUUUAAUUUUACGAGCUACAUUGGUUAGGUUUUGAUCUGUUGUACUGUUUUGGUUUCAAUGUUGUCUAGCGAGUAUAUCACCUGAA